UUCAGAACUCGGUUAAAAAACCAGAGGAUGGUAAGGAGAUUGUCCUCGUAGUCGUAGAAGGACAAGAACGAACGCAGAAACCAGGAAGUAGACUCCAAUCAAAUCACGAAUAAGCUCUGUGGUGAAGCGAGAGACAGAGAUGGAGACGAACGCUAGAGAAACUCGACGAAGGAAAAUCGUUGACAGAGGGGCAGAUCGUCUCGCCCUCAUCAUGGGCAAAGCCCAAGAUUUACCAUCAAUUCCAACACCAGCAUCAACACAAACACAAGCACCAUGUUUACUACCUAGUCGCCAUACGUAUACAGCCUCAUCACCACCAGUGCUUUUCGAUCAAGAUCUGCGGGGAACUCUCUUAGCCGAAAGCAACGAUGCCCCCCGUGGUGAAGAUAAUGCCUUGCCAAAGCAUGAGACUAGUAGUGAACCUUUACAGAGUGAUACUCCUAAAGCCAUUAAGAAAGCAGAACCCCAGUUGCGCAAAUGUGCAACAAACAUUGGAUCCAGAAAACUUCCUCUGGAUGUCAUCAAGGAGAUUGAGCCAGCCAUGGACUCACCAACAGCUCAACAUUCAUCCAAUUCUAUGAUUGAUACUGAACCACGUGCAGAAACACAGCUGCAUCACACCAAUAAGAUUAUCUUGAAAGAGAUCAGCUCCUCCAUCUCAGCUUCUGAGGUUAACCGUCUUCUCUGUUCUAUCACCAUAGCCCUUCUUGUUGUUCUAUCCCAUCUCAACAUUCCUCUAUUAAGCAGUGGCUUUGUAAAGAGCAUUAUCACCUUCAGACCUCUCUACUUAAUCUUGUUGACAGAUGCAACAAUUGUGUUUGCACGAAUUCUUUCUCUGAAACAAGGAUGCACUGAAAACCCUAAGGAAGAAGAGCAGAGAUCUUCAGAAGACGGAUUUGAUUGGAUAGCGGAUGUAGGUAAGGCCUUGGAGAUUGUGUUGGUGUUACAGAAGGCAGCUGCCGCAGCAUUCCUGGAUUGCGGUGUCUACGUGGUACUUGUUGUCUGUGGCCUUCUUCUGGUUCAUUGAUGGUAAUACAAGUUUGACACCUGUAGCUCACCCUGUGGAGAACUGAAGAUAUCAAUUGACCCUUUCUCAUUUCUUCCUUUUGUAAGCGUUAUUAAAUGCAAAGUGUAUCAGUUGCCCUCACUGGUUGAUUUCCUUACCACUCACCCUAACUUACAAGGACCUGGAGGGGGGUGUUUUUGCUUUUAUUUUCAUCUUAUCCUUUUUAAUUCUUGUGGUUUGCAUUGCAUAUUUGAUCAUUCUAGUAAACUUGAUCCUAAUUCAAUCUCCUUUUUUGUGUAAUUUCCAUCA